AUGCCUGAGAACAACCAAACCACCAACAACGUCAGUGAAUUUAUCUUGCUGGGCUUUUCUGUAGCCUGGCAGUUGGAAAUUGUUUUCUUCGUGGUGCUGCUUAUAAUCUACAUGUUGACCAUCACUGGCAAUGUGGUCAUCAUUACUGCAACGUGGGUCGACCAUCGACUCCACAGCCCCAUGUAUUUCUUUCUCUGCAACCUCUCCUUCUUGGAUGCCAUGGUGGCCACAGCCAUUGCCCCCAAAAUGAUGGAGGACUUCUUAUCAAAGAAGAAGACCAUAUCUGUGUCUGGCUGCAUCUCUCAGUGUUACUUCUACUUCUUCCUCGGCACCACUGAAUUCAUUCUCUUGGCUGUCAUGUCCUUGGAUCGAUAUGUUGCUAUCUGCAACCCACUCCGCUAUACCACCAUCAUGAACAUGCAAAUGACCGCCCAGCUGAUGCUUUUGUCCUGGUUUGGGGGGUUCUUUUCUGUGCUUUCUCCAAUCAUCAUCAUCUCUAAACUGCCUUUCUGUGGCCCCAACGUUAUUGACCAUUUCUUCUGCGAUAUUGAGCCAUUGAUCAGACUCUCGUGUGCUGAUACUGUCCUUCUAGAGCUGAUAGAGUUUGCUCUUUCUACCAUUGUGCUCCUGAGUUCUCUGAUGCUGACAGUGGUAUCCUACCUCUAUAUCAUCACCACUAUCCUCCGCAUCCCAUCUACCACAGGCAGGAAGCGAGCCUUUUCCACUUGUGCCUCCCACAUCACAGUGGCCUCUGUCUUCUAUGGCAGUGCCAUCUUCAUGUAUAUAGUGCCCAACAAAGGCUUUUCCUUUGGUCUCAAGAAAGCAGUAACUCUGCAGACCUGCAUUGUUACCCACUUGUUCAAUCCAUUCAUCUAUACCCUGAGGAAUCAGCAGGUCAAAGAGGUGCUGAAGGACACAGUGUCCAGACUCCAGUGCAGCAUGAAGCAUCUGAAGACACAUAGCAGUUGA